AUGGAUUUUCGGGAAAUUGAGGAGUUGAAAAAACAAUGGACAAGGGAACAAGUGGGACUCCAGCAAAAUGCUAUUUUCGAGGAUCAUAAGCUCUCUUUUCACACAAGCCCUCCGAUAACCUCCAUCAAGUCAAGUGAAGCUGAAGCACCUGAUUACGAUGAUCCGACCGUGCGUAACGAAGAUCCAAAAGCUUUCACGGUAUCAGGCUUGCGCUACGUCGGUGGUCUGGACAUUAGUUUUAUUGCUCAAGAAGGCGAAAGCGCGGAAACUGUGGGUUCUCCUGGCCAUAAUGCCUCUGACCCUAAUGUGCCAGAUGCCUAUGCUGUCAUCACGGUGCUAGAGUACCCUUCGCUCUCGCUUGUCCACUCACUCACGCACCCUAUUCGUCUGACUGCACCUUAUAUCCCAUCUUUUCUCUCAUAUAGAGAAACGCCAGCUUAUCUUGAGCUCAUAUCAAAGUUGAGAGAGAAUCUUCAAAAAGCAGGAAAGGAGCAUGAGUUUCCCCAAGUCAUACUCGUGGAUGGAAAUGGCCAAUUGCAUGAAAGAGAAGCGGGAGUUGCCACUGCUGUUGGCGUGCAGGCUGACGUUCCAACGGUAGGCGUAGCCAAAACGUAUCAUCCGCCGACGCUCCAACAUCACGAGGCCCACGACUUGCACUGGCGUCUUUCCCAAAAGGGCAUGAAGCAAAAGUCCCGCGAAGUCUUGAAGAAACCUGGAGAUUAUUUGGGUGUAUUGAAUGCCCGACGAGAUCGUUAUGUUGGUGUGGCGUUACGUUCGGCGACAUCUUCCAAUUUUCUCUAUGUGUCUCCAGGCCACCGUGUAUCGAUGAUUCAAGCGAUACGCCUGACGAUGGCACUUAGUCGGUAUCGGAUUCCAGAGCCAAUUAGACUUGCGGAUAGACUAGGCCGUGAUGCAGCCACAAUGGUAACACCGAUAACAGUAACGGAUAGGGAAGAGUAA